UGCUGCCCCGCUGCAACAUUCUUCGCGCAACAUUGUGUGACUCGGCGGAAAUCGGCACUUGACAAGCGGAAGAGGUGGGUGUUUACCACAGUGUGCUCUGACUAAAGUGGAAGUGAAUUAAAUACACAGUAUGAUAUACAGAAUUAUGUGAUUUUAAGUUAUGCCUGUGAAGUUCCCUGUUUUUCUUUUUUUUUUGACGUCACUUGCCACCGAAGGGGGCAGAGGAGGAGGAGGAGGAGGAGGAGGAGGAGGAGCAGAAGCAAAGGGUUCUCCACUGUCCAGCUGCCCCCACUCCGAUAAGCCCAAGCGCAGUCAAUCGAGAAGAAAGAGAAGGAGCGGGUCGCGGUUAGACCCCGAUAAGCGAGAAGACCAGCUUCAUCACCAUGCAGACGACUACAAAUCAGCGGCCAGUUACGCCUGGCACUCCAGACUCGGCACACAUAGUGAUCGGCGCCGCGGGAUACGUGGCCCACGAGAGACGCCAGCCGGGAAAAAGCCUGAUGAACUGCUUUCGCGACCGCUCCACGACCUCGACGUCAUCGUCACAGGCCCAGCACGGGUACAUGCGCGGCCACAGCGUCACCUCGGGCACCCUGUUCCGCCUGGAGGGCAACAGCGGCUCCAACGGCACCCUGGACAAGGCGGGCAGGCUGGACUCGGGACGACCCGAGGCGGUCGUCCUGCUGCGCGAGCUGAAGACCAAGCCCAACAAGCUGGCGCUGCUCAAGAGCAGCAGCAGCAAGGACCUCACCCGCCUCUUCCUCGACGACUCGACCAACACGGCCGUGCUGGUGUCCAACACCAGCCUGGACGUUUGCUCCUCGAACUCCAGCUCCGGCGGCAGUCCGGCGGUGGGCCGCUCCAAGGGCUCCAGGGAGCGGAGCAGCGGACUGGAGUGCUGCAGCAGCUGCUCGAGGCGCUGGCACGACCUGAAGCAGCGGAUGCACACGCUGGAGCAGGACCUGCUCGUCCAGACCACCUACGGCCAGGAGCUGGAGCAGAAGGUGGGCGAGCUGAGCCGCCAGCUGGGCGAGCUGCUCCAGGAACGGGACAGGGACAAGCAACGCUCCGCGGGUUCGGGUGGCGGGGGAAGCAAGCGCCAACCUCAUCCCACUGGAAGCCCCAAUGUGCGACCCUCGCGGCUGGUGGCCUGGAUGAACCUGUCCAACUGGUUCAAGAGCCGGCCGAGCGUGGAGACCCUGCGCGAACAGCGAAUCUUCUUCGACGAGCCCUGCUUCGACACGGAACUGGAGAUGGUCCUCAAGCACGACCAGCACCGCACUGUGCCGCGCAUCGUGGUGGACUGUUGCGAUCUCAUCGAGCAGAAGUACCGCCGGUCCACGCAGCCCAUCGAGGGCAUCUACCGGCAGUGCGGCGACUACAACAAGAUCCAAACACUGCGCUUCAGCAUCGACGCCAACGACUACGACGCACUGCGUCAGCCGGACGUCGACAUCCACACGCUGACCGGAGUGCUGAAGCUCUUCCUGCGCGAAAUCAAGAGCCCGCUGGUCAGCGUCAACGAGGCCAAGACCUUCAUCGGAUCACCCAACCAGUGGUUGCUGACCGACCUCUCCGUCAAGUUGGACAACCUGAAAAGACUGAUACGCUCGGUGCCGGAGAGCAACCGCGAUACCAUGGACUAUAUCUUCGGGCACUUCAACAGAUUGACCAAGGUGCCGCUGCAGCAGAUCAGCGCGGAGACGCUGGCCAUAUCGGUGACGCCCUCGAUCUUCCACACGGUUCCCCAGGGCGUCCACAUGCAGGACAUCCAGCAGCUGCUGCGCGAGGGCGAGACCCUGGCCGACUGCGUCAAGCUGAUGAUCGAGUACCAGGGGCGGAUAUUCGAAUGCACCGCCGAUCGCCGCCUGCCUCGACUGAGCAUGCGCAACCUGAAGAAGACUCUGUCGCAGCCGGACCUGUUCCACAAUCUGUUCUGAUCCGUUGACUGCUGAUCGCUGAUCGCUGAUCCCUCAUGCCAGAGAGAGCACUGUACAUAUUGAAUGACUUGGAGCGCUUAAGUGUAAUAACCCACAUACAGGCAUACUGACAACCGUGGCCCCAUUUUUAUACUUAUUUUUUUUAUGUUUAAAAAUUAUGAAUUAACUUUUGUAUUUAUGUUUAAUAAACAGAAAGGCUUUCGCCUCAAUAGAGCGUA